AAGCUACAAAGAUUGUGUAGUAACUUCUGAUAUAUUCUAUAACAAUAUUACAUACAUUGCAAUAUUACAAAAUUACAUUCAAUUACAGAUUAUAUUAGACAGUAUAAAUAUUCAUCAAGUCUCAAUCCUUCACUAUAACUCAAGACUUCAGCUCUCAGACUGGGACAGACUGGGAUCCAGUGACUGGUGAUGAUGAGGAGUGUGGUCCUGUUGCUGCUGGUGUUCUCCAGCUACAGAGCUCGAGGGGAGCAGAUAGAGAGGAUUGAGGAAUGUGGGGUCCGCUGUUCUCAGGGACUUCCUUGCGACGGCAGCUAUCAAAUAUCUCUUCAGCAGUGCAAGAACCUGUCAGGUGGUGUGACCUCAGAUGUGUUUAGCAACACCAGCAUUUCCACAGUGAUGAAGUGCUCUGGAAAACAGCGGUGCUCCCUUCAUCUCAGAGUCAGCACUGAUCUGCAGAUCAAUAGGCACAUCCGCGGCAUCUACGUGUGCAUGGUCACCACAGGGAUGAUGGAGCGCUGCAGAAUUGUGAACUUUUCACGUGCAUCCAGAGGGAGACUAUUAAAUGAACAGGUAAACGUUAAGGAUGACUGCCUGGAGGUGCGCUCAGGAGAGGAUGUGCAUGUAACUCUCAAAACCUGGCCGCACAUCUGUAAUGUGGCUGUUUACAGAUCCUACAAAGUUCCAGGCUGCAGAAACUCUGACAUACAGAGGAGUGUUCCUGGAUGCAUCACGGGGAGGAUUCAGUAUGACGUGGACGUGGAGAAGAAGGAGCUCUCUGUGAGUGUUUCAGACAUGCUGGAGGAUAAAGAUUACCAGCUGAGACUCUGCCACAAGGGCUACAUCUGCACGGGUACGGGAGCUCAGGCAGUGGUGGAAAAGGAGAAUCCAAAGAAGAAAGUCACCCUGAAGUAUUCCAAACCCGUGCCCUGUCUGUGCAUUGAGGGCUGGUCAGUAAUGAUGGAUGCUCCACGAGUUCAAGUCUGCCCCUUUAAAGACCGUGUGGAGGAGCUGUGGUCUGGGAUAACCUUUGAUCCAGUGGAGGAGACGCUAUCAUGGGAAGCAGCGUGCCAGGUUGAUGCCACUGUUAACCUGUGUGAGCUGCAGGAGGGGGGCGUAUGCCAAGAACUGGCCAGUUCCUCUCAGACGAUCGUCAAAAGAAAAGUGACCUAUUCGUCAGUGGAUCCUCAUCACCGGCUUUGCAUGAAGUUCAUCACAAAGGCAGGAGCGUGGGUUAAGUGCCCGUUUUCCGAAGGGAAUUUCCCAGCCUGGGAAGUGACCACACAAGAGGGUCUCCGACAGCUGCUUGUGACAUCCAGGGUCAAAACCAGUCUCUCCCUGAGCAAGUGUGCCAAAACCGGGGCUCAUGAGUGUGAGGACAUGGAGACCACCGUAGUAGAAGUGGAGAAAUUUCAGACUGUAAAACCAGAUCUGACCAUGGAUUUCUGUGAAGCGAGUGUCUGCAUCAAGGCAAAGCGUACGGAUGUGAAAUAUGGAGUGACCACUCUCUACUGCCCACCCCCAUGCUCACUCUCCGUCUCCAAGUCCGAAGGUGAUGACAGUGAAUGGCAGCUAAUGCAUGUUGUGGUGCCGGUGGUUGCACUGACUACAGCUUUAAUUGUGGUUGCUGUAGUGACGGGGAUCGCAAUGAUAGUUUUUCAGAUUAAACGGAUAAUGAAGGCUGCAGGUAUCGCCCGCCUUCCAGGACCUCACACAGACUCAUUCUCCUCAGUGACUGAAGCGUCCAACUCCAAAACUCAACUCAGCAAAUCCGUCCUGUUCGACAUAUGCGGCUCUGGAUCGUCCCAAUUAAAAUGUGGAGAGAGCUCCAGUCUUCUCAACGACUCCACAAAGCUCUUAGUAGAGGCGUAAGACUGAAGAUGGCUCUGGAUGGUUCAUUUUUGUUUUGCUUUGUUUUUAUUAUUCACACAGGCAGGCACAAGGACAAAAAAGUGAUGCUUUGAAUGUACAAGAGUCUUGAUGAGCGCAUCAUUAUCAUGGGAAUUAAUUCAAAGGCUAUAUUAUGUCAAAUAUACUGUGUUACAUACUGUAUGCACUAUUACUGCCAGAUGUAGGUACACCAAUCAGUCAUAACAUUUACCCUACCUCCUUGUUUCUGCACUCACUGUUCAUCUAAUCAGCUCCACUGAGAAUAUAGGAGCAGUGACACUGAGGUGUUUAAAAACUUCAGCAGCACUGCUGUGUCUGACUCUGCCAGUGUCACAUAAAAAAUAAUACUGUGCUGCUCUGUGAUGGUCCUGUGUAGUCUGGUGGUCCUGACUAUUGAAAAACAGAGAAAAAGAUAAUAAUAAUGGUAUAAUUAUAGAACCAUAAGGUGCUUCUUUAUGGCAGGUGGAGGUGUAGAAACAAGGAUGUGGUGUAUAGCUACCGUAUAUGCAUUAUGUCUCUAAGUGUAUGUCUCUUCAGUGUCAUUUUACUGUACUGCCAGUUGCCAUGUGUUGAAAUACAUAUGUAUACAUUUCUGCCUGAGAAUGCAUUUAUUUAUAUAGUGUGUGUUUAUACGUUUUUACUGUGUGUGUGUCUGUUGAAUUUCAUGGAUUUUUAUACCUGUUGAAUUUUAUCUUCAUGUGAACGUGCUAUAUAGGUCAUUGUAAAUAAGCUGUAACACUGCCAUUAUCUAUUAUGCAGUUAUGUAAAGUUCUCAAUAAAGUGCUACAUAUUGCU